AUGAAGCUUUCCUCCGUUCUUUCGACCUUGAUGGUCGCUGGCCUGGUUGCUGCGGCUCCUCCUGCUCCUCGUCCUACGGACCUCCAGAUUCAUCCCCACCCCGGUUCUCCCCCUGAUGCUCCUGCUCCCAAGCCCGACGACAACGGUCCUCACAGGCGGGAUGACGGGCCGAAGCCUGACGAGGACGGUCACAAGCCUGACAAUGCACCGAAGCCUAAGAAGAACGACCCUAAGCCUCACGAUUCGGCCAAGCCCAAGCCUGAGGACCCUGCUCCGAAGGACCCCAAGCCACACUACAAUGGUCAUCAUAAGCGCGACGGACCCAAGCCUCAGCCUCACAAGGACGCUCCGGCUCCUAAGGACCCCAAGCCUCAUGACGACGGUCCUCACAAGCGUGACGGACCCAAGCCGCCCAAGAACGACCCCAAGCCUCAACCUCACAAGGACGGUCCUCCCAAGAAUGGCCCCAAGCCUGACGACUCGCCCAAGCCCCAGCCGAAGCCUCACCAGAAGGCACCUGCUCCCAAAGACGACAAGCCCCAGGAUCCCCCUAAGCACAACUGAAUUGAGG